UCGUGACAGUUUUUUGACUAAUAAACAAAUUUUGAGGUUAUUCACUGUAGUGAGCAAUAUUAAUCCAAUGCAAUAGCACUGUUUAUAUUCUACAGAUAAAUGAGAUUUCACAAUAUCAUUUGCGAAUGUUAUAAUCACAAUAAUUUGCGCACUUUUUCGUACAUGUUAUAAGUUGUGAAAUGGAUCGAGGAAAGUUCUCAUUAUUACUUCUGGAUCCUGGUGAAAUAUAUUUUGAAGACUUUAGUGCCGUAUUGAUACCACCUGAUGUCACUCCGAAAACCUUCGAUAGCAAAAAACAAGAUGGGCGACUGAAAAUGUGUUCUAAGUCAUUAGUUUUUGACCCUAAAGACAUCAACAAACCUAUACUUAAAAUUCCAUUAAAAGAUUGUGUUGUAAUAGAGCAAUGGAAGGGCAGCGCAAAGUAUUUAGCCAAUAGUAGUAAUGUGCUGGCUGUCAAUUGUCGAGAAUACAUUGAAAUGCUAGAAGGGAAUAUUGUUGCUCCUUAUAAAUUUAAAGAAUCCACAAACUUUUUAUUCCAACUAAAUUAUGCUAAUAUUAUGAAUUGUUUACCACAAAUUUGUCAAUUACAUCGCGCAAGUACUUUGCCUGCAGCAGAACAAGCUGAUAUGAUUGCAACAAUUGUCCAUUCUCGACAAGCGCGAGUUAGUUUUGACCCACUGUGGCUAGACUUGUAUGAAAAGGUUGUGAUGGAAACUGAGGCUGAUAAAGUUACACCAUUAGUCAUUAACCCGGGACGUCUUGUGUUAACAACAGCAAGGUUAUUUUUUCAGCCUUAUAAUAAUGUAGAAACUGUUCCAGUAAUUAAAAUUGAACUUAAUAGUAUCAAAAGAAUGGUUAAGAGGAGAUUCUUGUUACGACAUAUUGGCCUAGAAAUUUACUCUGGUGAAAACUGUAAUAAUCCACAUAUUUAUUUAUCGUUUAGAAAUCAAGCUAAAAGAGAUAAUUUAUAUGAUAAACUUUUACAAGAACCCGCAUUAAAACUUGAAGAAUUAGAUCAGGAUGUAAUGACACUGCAGUGGCAAAAUGGUAUUAUAUCGAAUUAUGACUAUCUUUUAUACGUUAAUAGCUUAGGUGAUCGCACAAUAAAUGAUCUAACUCAGUAUCCAGUAUUUCCAUGGAUUGUAUCGAAUUAUUCAAAUAACGAAUUGGAUUUAAAGGAUCCAGUAAAUUUUAGAGAUUUGAGUAAACCGGUCGGGGCAUUAGAUAAAGUUCGAUUACGACGACUUCUUGAACGUUACGAAGAAAUGUCUCAUCCUAAGUUUAUGUAUGGCUCGCAUUAUUCGACUCCAGGUUUUGUACUGUUUUACUUGGCGAGACUAUACCCCCAUUAUGUUUUGUGUUUGCAAAGUGGACGAUUUGAUCAUCCUGACAGAAUGUUUAAUUCUGUGGGAGAUGUCUUUAAAAACUGCCAAACAAAUAUGUCCGAUUUUAAAGAAUUAAUUCCUGAAUUUUAUGAUGUGGAAGAAGAAGGGAAAUUUCUGGUUAACAACUUGGGAAUAAAUUUUGGCUAUAGACAUAACGGACUUAAAGUUGGUGAUGUGGAAUUGCCACCAUGGGCAGAGAGUCCUAAAAAUUUUGUUGAUAAACUUCGUGGUGCAUUAGAAAGUGAUAUUGUAUCCCAGAGUCUGCACCAGUGGAUCGAUUUAAUUUUUGGUUAUAAACAACAAGGGGAAGAAGCUAUAAAAGCUAAUAACCUAUUUUAUCAUUUGUGUUACGAAGGAAACGUAGAUUUAGAUUCUAUUCAAGAUUUAAAUCAACGGCAUGCAUUAGAGGUUCAAAUAAUGGAGUUUGGACAAAUUCCUAAACAAGUUUUCAAAGUACCUCACCCUUCCAGAAAAGUUGGUCUUCCAUUAUUGACUGAACCAUAUCAAGUUAAAUCAACAGAAACUGAGGAUCUUUGGAGGAAUAUGAAUCUAUUAGAAUCAAUCAGUACGUUUAACACCCAUAAAAAUACCGUCAGUCGUCUUUUUAUUAGCGAUGAUUGCACACGAGUUACUUCAGUGGGUCAUGAUUCAAAAUUAAAAGUAUUUUCGCUACAACAAAACCGUCAAAUAAGAAGUGCUAACAUUGGAUAUAUGCCUUUAAGUAGUUGCGUCCAGAUGCCAAAUGUUAAUAUUUUGGUUAUAGGAAGUUGGGAUAAUCAGAUAAUAUUGUACGACUUAGACUAUGGAAAAGUUACCGAAAGUGUAUUAGCCCAUGAAGACGCAAUUACAUGUAUUAGUUGGGGUACAAAAUCGAAUAUCUUGGUGUCCGGCAGCGGCGAUUGCACUGUUAAAAUUUGGAAGGGUUUAAAUACCAAUGGUGUAAUCAAACCAAUACAGUGUUUACAAAAACAAAUUGAUCACAACUCUCAUGUGAACUGUUUAGAUUUUGAUCACAAUAAUAAUUAUCUUGCUGUGGGAACAGAAGAUGGAGAAAUCUAUAUUUGGCAGACUAAAGAAUUUAUUCUGAAGAAAAAAUACCAGAUUAAUUCUUCCAGUAUAACAACAAUUAAUUAUAGCCCAGAUGACGUGAAGCUAGCUAUAGGAAGUAAAAAUAAAACUUUAUUAGUGAUCGAUGUAGAAACUGGUUUAUCAGUUUUUACUAAAAUGAUGAAAUCACCUAUUUCCUCUUUAAAAUGGGACGGUUUCUUACUUAUUUUAGGCUGUGAUGAUGGUAAUUUAUUUAUUUGGGAUAUGGUUGAAGUUAAACUAUUAUAUGAAGUUCACCAAGCCCAUUCAGGGGCCAUAAAGACUGUAGAUAUUUCGUCUGAUAAGUCUAUAAUUAUUACUGGAAGCGAAGACCGGUUAAUUAAAGUGUGGAAACCAAAAUAAAUGAUUUAUACAUUUUUAAACAAUAAUUUUUAGUAGUAUUGAGAUAAUUGUAUUGUGAUAUUUUAAUAAAUUCUUAUUUUUA